CUGCGGCGGCCCGGCGGGACGGGAGGCACCGGGGGGGGAGUGUGGGGUGCCCGGGGCCGGCCCCGCCGAACUACAAGUCCCGGCAGCGGUGCGGCGGCCGGAAGCGGGGGUCGGGCGGGGCGGGGGUCGCCUCAGCCCCGGCGCAACGGCCCAGUGCGGCCCGGCCCCCGCAGGCAGGCAGGCAGGGCCGGGGCGGGGCCGGGGCGGCGGCAUGGCCGCCCGGGGCGGAGGGAGGGGGCCGUAGCCGCGCCCGCAGCGCGGCGGUAGCUGUGGCGGUGGCGGCGGGAGGAGCGGCCGCCGCGGAGCCAUGGGGCACCCACCGCUGGAGUUCAGCGACUGCUACCUGGACAGCCCCGACUUCCGAGAGCGGCUGAAGUGCUACGAGCAGGAGCUGGAGCGGACCAACAAGUUCAUCAAGGAGGUGAUCAAGGACGGCAACGCGCUCAUCGCCGCCAUACGGGGUUACUCAUCGGCAGUACAGAAAUUCUCCCAGACUUUGCAGUCCUUCCAGUUCGACUUUAUUGGAGACACACUAACGGAUGACGAGAUUAAUAUUGCCGAGUCCUUUAAGGAGUUUGCAGAGCUGCUGCACGAGGUAGAGCUGGAGAGGUCCAUGAUGGUACAGAACGCUAGUGAUUUGCUGAUCAAACCUUUGGAAAACUUUCGGAAGGAGCAAAUAGGGUUCACCAAGGAAAGAAAGAAAAAGUUUGAGAAGGAUGGUGAGAAGUUUUAUUCUAUGCUGGAUCGCCAUUUGCAUUUAUCUUCCAAAAAGAAGGAAUCCCAAUUACAGGAGGCUGACCUUCAGGUUGACAAAGAGAGACACAAUUUCUUUGAGUCCUCCCUCGAGUAUGUGUACCAGAUCCAGGAAGUACAAGAAAGCAAGAAAUUCAGUAUUGUUGAACCGGUGCUGGCUUUUCUCCACAGCCUCUUCACUUACAACAACCUGACAGUUGAGCUCACGCAGGAUUUCCUCCCUUACAAACAGCAGCUUCAGCUCAGCCUGCAGAAUACAAGGAAUCAUUUUUCCAGCACGCGGGAGGAGCUGGAAGACCUGAAGAAGAGGAUGAAGGAAGCUCCCCUAACCUGCAAGCUACCUGGGCAGCCGACCAUUGAGGGUUAUCUGUACACCCAGGAGAAAUGGGCACUGGGCAUCUCCUGGGUGAAAUACUACUGCCAGUACGAAAAAGAGGCAAAAACCUUGCGGAUGACGCCUAUGGACCAGAAGCCCGGAGCUAAGCAAGGCACCUUAGACCUGACACUGAAGUCCUGUGUAAGAAGAAAGACGGACUCUAUAGACAAGAGGUUUUGUUUUGACAUUGAAACUAAUGAAAGGUCUGGGACCAUCACACUGCAAGCGCUCUCAGAAGCCAAUCGAAGGCUGUGGAUGGAAGCCAUGGACGGGAAGGAGCCGAUCUACCACAGUCCCAUCACAAAACAGGAAGAAAUGGAGCUGAACGAGGUGGGCUUCAAGUUUGUACGGAAGUGCAUCAACGCAGUGGAAACGAAAGGGAUUACUACGGAGGGCAUCUACCGGACUGUUGGCAGCAAUAUUCAGGUGCAGAAGUUGCUGAAUGCCUUUUUUGAUCCAAAAUGUCCAGGGGACGUGGAUCUCCAAAGCGGCGAUUGGGACAUCAAGACGAUUACCAGCUCACUGAAGUUUUAUCUCAGGAACCUGUCUGAACCCGUCAUGACCUACAAGCUCCACAAAGAAUUGGUCCUGGCUGCCAAAUCCGAGAACCUGGAUUACAGGCUGGGAGCCAUUCACGCUCUGGUCUAUAAACUACCUGACAAGAACAGAGAGAUGUUAGAGCUCCUCAUACAACACCUUGUCAACAUAUGUGAGCACAGCCGAGAGAAUCUGAUGUCACCGUCUAACAUGGGGGUGAUAUUUGGACCGACCCUCAUGCGAGCGCAGGAGGACACCGUGGCAGCGAUGAUGAACAUCAAGUUCCAAAACAUCGUAGUUGAGAUCCUCAUCGAGCACUUUGGGAAGAUCUACUCCGGCCCCCCAGAAGACACCACGGCCCCCCCGGUGCCUCCUCCCAGGGUGGCUGCCCGGCGGCACAAACCCAUCACCAUUUCCAAACGUCCUCUAAGGGAAAGACCCGUCUUCUUUGGUGCUUCUGUGGAAGACAGUGGAGACCGGCACGGCCAGACCCCCAACGGCAGCAACAGCGUCGGCACAGAGGUCCCCAAGCCACUGCACCGCAGCCGCCUGCCCGCGCCCCGGCCAGGGGGGGACGAGCCGGGGCGUCCCCCCACCGAAGGCCGGCCUGACCCACGCGCUGAGGCAGAGGUGGGGAAGCUGGUGGCCAGGCUGCAGGACGGAGGAGCGAAGCCAUCCAGCAAGGCUGCCAACGGGGUGGUGACCAGCCCUGCCCUGAGGACCUCCACGCUCCAGGCCAGGAGACCGGCUCCCCGGCCGGGGAUCUACGGCAGAGAGGGCGAGUGCGACGGUGUCCCUAAGCCACGAUCCCAUGGCGAUAAACCCGUGAUAAUGCGUCCCCCCGUGAGACCUCCGGACCCACCGUGCAGGACUCCUGUCCCUCCGAGGCUGGAGCAGAGGCCAGAUCUGAUAGCAGGAACGGCAGAAGAGAUGCCUUCAUCCGUAGUGGCCUCUAGGACAAAGUUCUUUGAGACAGCUUCCCGAAGAACAAGCAAUUCUUCAUCACCACAAGGCAGGAUCCCAGGUGAUGAGAGCUGAGGGUAAAGACUUUGUGAUCACCUCAGCCCGGCUAGACCCAGGAGAUUUUCUGUGCUCGUGAAACAGACGUGUCACAGCUAAGACUUUCCCAGUUCCAGUGCCCCUGGAGAGCAGCUAUCUUACCGGACGAUAAUUUCAGAGCAUGCUGUCACAAGUAGCUCAAGAAAUUAGAAGAGAGGGAGAUAACGAUGGAGAGAAGACCCUACCCACACGUUUGUGUUGAACUAGUCCCAGUCCUUCCACCACUCCUCUCUGCGCAGGCUGUGGAGGAUGCUCACGUGUGCCCUUGCAGGUGGCCGGCUGCAUUUGCAGGGCUGGGUGAGCACUGACGGGCUGUGGAAGGGACAACGGAGGACGGGGAGUGGCCAUUUACCUGCUCACUUUUUGGGAAAUGCACCUUGGCAAGGGUGACCUCGGACAGACAUUGGAGACAAAACGCAAGGGGCUGACUCCCCGUGCUUGGACGCAAGGGUAGAAUGACUGGAGUUUGGGUUGGCCCCCCCUUGCCAUGAGAAGCUCCUUUCUUUAUGUUAUGUUUUCCUUGCUCAGUUAAGCUAUAGUGUGUUUUUUUGGUGUGUAGGAGAGCAGCGUAUGUUUACUGGAAACGCUGCUUGUGCUAAGGCAGGCAGGACAGGAAUUGGGGGGACCAUGGCACUUAGCUCUGUCUCUUCAUCUUCUCCCUGGCGUCAGCAUGACCCUGUCCUGGGAAACCGUGCUGUCAGACGCGGCUGUGCCAGGGGGCUUUGCCUGAGCGGGGCCGCAUCCCCUGCCUGCGGGUUGGCGUUCCGGGCGGCCCCCGUCUUGCCAGCAGCUUCCGAGAGCGCAGCUGGGAGAAGGAGGUAGCCGGCUCUCCUCCUCCUCCUCCUUCUUCUCCUCUUCCUCCUCUUCCUUCUCCUGCAUGAGCCACUCUCCCACCAGAUCCGCUUCCCACAGGCCCACUGUGAAGUCUUUGCCCUGGGGUUAUUCCGGUGGGCCAGCACAGAGGUGGCGAGGAACUGAAACUCGCUGAAUAUGGGCCAAAGCCCACUGUUUUUCUGAGGCACCCAGUUUCUUGUCUGCUUGUUACAUUAAUUUCCAGUCCAAGAGAUGUCCAUCUCUUUUCCUCAGCAGCGGCCGUGUAGAUGAUGCCCUUUAGCCUGGAAGGUUUCUCCUAGCCAGGACCGCCCCCAGUGCCCCUCUUAACAGUAGAGGCUUAUCUGUGGUACCAGCUGACACCAGGGCUCCGUUCCUGAGCUGUAGCAUUUACCUGUAAAUAGGCAACGAGCAGCUUCCCUGCUUCCUCUCGCCAGCCCAAAGGCAGCUUCCCUGUUUUGAAUGAUUUUCCUUGGGUGCUGGGAGCAUUCCCAAACCAGUAGCCAACCAUCCCCGUUAGCCGCUUCCCAGGUGCUCUCUCCUCUCGAGCGUGCUUUGCAUCCUGUCCGGCGCAGGUUUGCCGGUGGGAUGCUGCCGCGGUCCUUCCCGUGCUGUCUCCGGACACUUGCCUUGUGUGUGCACGUAGCGCCCGUCUGCUUUAUCGCUGAAUGUAAUUCUGGCGUUCACUGUACACACACGUGUCAUGUCAAUGGUGCUUCCGCUCCCUUGGGCUUUGGCGGUGCCCCAGCUGCUCGCUCCUCUACUCCUGCUUUGAGCAGUGGCACAUAAAA